AUGUGCCGCCAAUACUUCACACUCUACGAGUGGUGCCAAUGCGAGGAAGACGCGGGCAACAGCGUCUGCGCCGGCCACCGGCGGAACAGCUGCCCAGGCGUCAGCGUCGAGACCGUGCAUAUGCAUUGUUUCUGCAACUCUCAUGCAACCCGCAGCUUCAAGUCUGAGAAGCAAACCCGCAAGGAGGAGGAGAAGGUGCGGCGCCGAUCACAGGAUUCUAUGGAUGAAAAGGCUUCCUUCCAUCGUCGUUGGUAUCAGUGGUAUCAAUGGCGCGGUCUGCGAUCGCGCUAG